UAUGUCAGGAGACAGUGUGGGAGGCCUUCAAGGUGUUCUGGGACCAGCUCCCGGAGCGGGACCAGUACCAGGACCUGGUUUCUCGCUGUUUGGACGGGUCCAUUAGCACCAGUGACAUCGGCAGAGAGUUCAGCCAAUCAGAGCGCCACGCCCAGCUCAUCAGGAGCGUGUUUCAGAGACUGCAGCCGGCGGCCGCCCUGAACAGGGCGUCCAGCUCCUCAGCUCCUCCUCCAUGCAGCUCAGAGUCCAGAGGGGUGCACAGCGGGGGGGCGGCAGAGGAAGACGUCAGAACCACCGGGUCCGGGCUCUCCCCUGAAGAGGUUCUCCCAACGGACUCUGGACCUGAAGACCUCCAGGAGACUUCAGAGGGUCCAGAGGUGGUGGUCACUGACACCGAGGGUCUUCCUGAGUCUGAAAAGGUCCAGGAUUAUUCUGUGGAGAUUCAGGAUGUGUCCCCAGAAGGCGAGGAGCCGCCCUCAGAGGUAAUGGUUCAGGAGGUACUCACACAAGCUACCACUGUAGUUCUUACGAAGCCCACCACAGAACCAGAGUCAGUGACCCUGGAGACAAAUCCUAUCCUGGACCCAGAACCCAAAGACAGUUCUUUGGGUAUCACGAGGGAUGUACCAUCAACGCAGGAGGUUGAAGACGAGGAUCUACCAGAGACACCUGAAUCAGUUGAGGAGGGAACUCUUGCAGAACCAGAAGACGAUCCUUUAGAGAACGAGGUAGAUGAAUCAGAAGAAGAUCAUUUAGAGACCGUGAUCGAAGAACCAGAAGAAGAAGCAGAGGUUCCUUCCCAGGCCUCCUUUCUGACCACGGACCGGACCAUAGAAGAAGUCAGUGAAGCACCAGAAGACCAGCUGAGUUCCGGAGUUACCUCUGACCCGUUCGUCCUGAUCCUACAAGAAGAUGAAGACGCCACGGUGGAACCUGAAGAAGAUCUGGUCUUAAUAGAAGAAGUUACCAAAGAGUACGCAGAGGUGAUUCCAACUACGGCAGGCCUACCAGCAAAAGAAGAAGAACCACCUCCGGGAACAGCUGCUGUAGAAGAUCCGGUAAAAGAACUGGCUGAAGAAACUGAAAUCACUGAAGUACCAGCACAAGAAGUGGUUCAUGUAGAAGAUACAGGACUCGUAGAAGAAGCAGAACUCGUAGAAGAUAAGGAGCCUCGAGGAGAACCAACAGAAGAAGACGGACUAGUAGAAAUUGCAGAAGAGACAGUACCUACAAGAGGUAUCACACAAGAACAUUCGGGAGAAGAAGUUGGUGAACCCGAACCAGAAAGAUCCAAACCAGAAGUUGCUGAGGAAGCGGUCUCAGAGAGUCUCCUCUUGACAGAACCAGAUGUACCAGAGCCAGAAGACCCUGAGGAAGAACCAGAGUCUGUCCCUGAGGAAGAACCAGAGUAUGUCCCUGAGGAAGAACCAGAGUCUGUCCCUGAGGAAGAACCAGAGUCUGUCCCUGAAGAAGAACCAGAGUCUGUCCCUGAGGAAGAACCAGAGUCUGUCCCUGGGGAAGAACCAGAGUCUGUCCCUGAGGAAGAACCAGAGUCUGUCCCUGAGGAGGAACCAGAGUCUGUCCCUGAGGAAGAGGUGGUCCAAGAGGGUCCGAGUGAAAUAUCUCCAGAAGUCGGGACUCCCACCGGAGCAGGAACCGCAGAACCUGAGGAUCCGGUCCUGGAGGAGGUACCUGUGGAGGUCCUACCUGAGGGCCCCCUGGUGGAGGUCCCUACAGAGAACACCCCCGGCCCCCUGGUAGAGGUCCCUGCUGAGAAGGUGGAAGCCACCACCAAGUACGUGGUUGAGUACAACAACGGGAACUUCCCGGCCCUGACGGAGCGGCCCCUGGACCUGGACGGGUUUGGGAACAGCUUUGGUCUGGAAGAUGAGGACUCGAUCGGGAACGAGAUAGACGGCACCCUGCUGUGGCCCCCGAGGGCCCUGAAGGAGCAGGUGGUGGAGCUGAGCCUCAAACUGAGAGGAGAGACCUUCAGUGACGCCCUGAGGGACCCGAGCAGCACCCAGUACCAGCUGCUGGACCGCCACUUCAUCCGCAGGAUCCAGGAUGCGUUGGAGCGGCUGCCGGGCUUCAGGAGCGUCCGCGUGGUGGAGUUCAGGCCGCAGAAGGACCUGGAGCGGGGUCUGGUGGUCCUGGUCCUGUACUCCAUCACCCUGGAGGUGGACGGCAGCAGUGGGGUGAACAACGCGACCCUGGACUUCAUCUCUCUGCAGAACAACCUGGUGGAGAAGAACUACCCAGGGGCCGCUGAGCAACCCACCGUGGUCUACACCAUCACCGACUUCAGGAACUACAUCACUGAGGCACUGCACAAAGACGGCUUCCUGGGCAACAGCAGCCAGGAGGCGUCCCAAACCGCGGAGAACUCGUUACCGGCGGUGAAGACCACCAGCCGCCCGGAGGCUUUCCAUAGCAUGGAUAGCGUCCUGGCUGCAGAGAAGCCUCCGGACGCUCCGCUGCACGAGGCCGACCUCAGCAAAGAUGACUUCUUAUUCGACCCGUGGAAAGGCGCGGGGGUCGGGUCCAGUGAGAAUGACGUCUUCCUAUUGGACGAGAGCACGAAGCCCGUCGGACUGCGCAAAGACGGGGACCCCCUCACUGAGCACUUCCUGUUUACAGAUGGAGGUUUAGAGGCGGAGGGUUUCCUCCUCAGUAACGCCUCGUCACCGACUCUGAAACCUCAGACUGAUGAAGGAUCAGGUUCUGGAUCCUCUGGAGGCGGACCUGGGUCUGACCUCUGGUCCUGUCCCCCCCAGCCUGUCUCUGAGGGGGGAGGCAGCAUGGAGGUCCUCCCGCCGCCGGACCUGGAGGACGAGGAAGACGAGGAGGAGGAAGAGAAACAGGAAGUUAUCACCAAAGCUCCUCCUCUAAAGACAACUGCUGCUCCAGCUGUGGAAGGAAGCCCGGACCCGGACCUGGACCUGGACCUGGUAACGCCUCACAUCAGCACCAACCCGCGGUUCUCCACCACCCCCAAGGCCCCGGUGUUCUGGCCUCAGGCGACGCUGACCGUGGAACUGAAAGAGGCGUCCGGCAUCUUCGAUGACAUCGUCUUCAACGGGAAUUCCGUCACCGGGUCUCCGGACCUCCAGGACCAUCAGGACCAUCAGGACCAUCAGGACCAUCAGGACCAUCAGGACUGGACUCUGGAGGCUCCGGUCUUUGCAGGACCAACAGUGGUCUAUCUCUCUGACACCACAGAAGAAGAAGCAGAUGUGGAGCCUACAGAUGGGUCUACAUCAGAAGAAGAAGUCUUUGAGAAACAGGAAGUCCCUGAAGAAGAAGAGUCCAGCAGCGGAUCAGAAGUGGAGUUUGUCUCAGAACUGGACCCUCUGCUCCCAGGACCCGGGCCCUCUGAUGCGGUGGAGGUUCUGGAGGAGCAGCACCUCAGCACCGCUGACCCGGUAACUCUCGUUCCGCCGGUCUUCCUCCCGGAGGAGGACCUGGUGGAGGACGAGGUGAUGGUCGUCUCCUCGUCUCCACCCUCGUCCUCCGUCAGCAUCGCCCUCUCUCCGGAGAAAGACUCUCCGUUCACCCGGGUCUCGGACUCGGAGCCGGAGGACGAGGAGGUGCUGCAUCGUCAGAUCCAAACCCACGAAGAAGAAAGUCCAAGCAGCGCCCCGGCAGCAGGUGUUCCUGGUCUGCUGCCGGCGCUCCUCCAUGAAUCAGAAGACGUAGGAACCCUCCGAACAUCGCCUUCCUCUCCACAGGAGGUUCCCCCCCCCUCUCCACAGGAGGUCCCCCCCCCCUCGGAGCAGGUCUUCUCCGACUCCCCGAGCUUUGACGUCUUCCCGCUCAGUGUUAUUGAUCCUGAAGGAGACGGCAGUGGUUCCUCCAGUGGGGCAGAGAUGGAGGUUCCCACCCCCACGGCGCACCCUGCUGGCCGGGCUCUCACGGUGUUCUUCAGCCUGAGGGUCACCAACAUGGCCUUUUCCAGUGAUCUGUUCAACAAGAGCUCCUCCGAGUACAGAUCUCUGGAGCAGCGCUUCACCCAGCUGCUGGUCCCCUACCUGCAGACCAACCUGCACCACUUUAAGAACCUGGAGGUUCUGAACUUCAGGAAUGGCAGCGUAGUGGUGAACAGUCGGAUGGUGUUCGGACGCCCGGUGUCUCCAGGCGUCUCCAGUGUCGUUCAUCUGGUCCUCGAAGACUUCGCCAACGCUGCCUACCAGACCCUGAACCUGGACAUCGACAAGUACUCUCUGGACGUGGAGGCCGGUGAGCGUGCUGACCCGUGUAAGUUUCAGGCGUGUAAUGAGUUUUCUCGCUGCGUGGUGAACCGCUGGUCUGGCGAGGCGGAGUGUGUGUGCGCCGCGGGCUACGUUAGCGUGGACGGGCUGCCGUGUCAGAGCGUCUGCGACGUGACGCACGACUUCUGCCUGAACGACGGGAAGUGUGACGUCCAGCCAGGGAAGGGCGCCAUCUGCAGGUGUCGUGUCGGGGAGAACUGGUGGUACCGUGGUCAGCACUGCGAGGAGUUCGUCUCCGAGCCGCUGGUCGUCGGCAUCGCCAUGGCGUCGGUGUCCGGCCUCCUAUUGGUGGCUGGAGGCAUCGUCUACUUCCUGUCCAGAACGCUGAGGGAGCGCUACGACGCAGAGGACAGCGAGGACCCAAUCAGGUUGGGCAUCCCGUCUCUGGAGCGUAGUGCUAAGCUAACCGCGGCGCCGGACAGCGGACCGGUGGCGGCUCAGUUCUACCGGCGCUACGAUGACGAGGCGCCACUCAGAACCGGGUCCAGAGACCAGAACCAGGAGAACAUAGACCAGGAGAACAGCUCUCUGAGCAAAGAGGAGAUCCAGGAGCGUCUGAGGAUCGUCGAGCUCUGCUCCAGAGAUCAGCACUUCGCCGACUUCAUGAGACAAACUCAAGUAUUCCUGGAGAAGAGAGGAAGCUCUUCCACAUAGACCUCCAGAAAGCCGCCUUCGUUCUGAUUGGAGGAUCUCGCUGCUCCCCUGGAGGUGACACUGAAACACUUUGGGAUUUUAUUUUGAAAGGACUCUUUGUGGACCUGAAUUCUGACCUCUGAUUAGUCGCCUGUCACUUCCUGUUCACUCUGUGUUUAUAACCUUCAGUCACUGCUGCUCUUACUCUUAUUUACAAACUGCUUUCUGUACUCUUCCUAAAGACUUUAUUCUGAAACUUCACUGUUGUUUCUACUUCCUGUUUUCAUGUAUCAUCGGAGAAACCUUUAUAUAUACAGUCUAUGGGAGAAACACGUUAACAUGUCGUUAGCUUCACGUUAGCUUGUUUUGCUCGGUGCGGCUUCCGUCAGUGCCUUCACGCUCCGUUAGCGUCCGUUAGCGUUAGAAUCCGUUAGCGUUAGCUCGGGCUCUCAGAGUUGUGAUGUUGGGUUGCAGUCGAAUAGUCCAAAAAUCAGCUCCUAAGUUCCAUACAUGCCAACCUUUCCAAAUCCAAAAGAGGUAGGUUUGCGCGCGGCAAAUGUGCAUGCCCAAAUGUGCACGCCCAAAUGAGGUAAUCAGAAGAAAUGGAACCCAGUAAUUACAUGUAUAAACUGCAUUUAACAUAUUGCAUCAUUUUAUGCAUUUUUCAGAAAAAGUGGUAGUUUGGUAAACAGUGACAUCAACGACAUGUUUGUAAAAGAAUGGGAGAUAAAUAUCCCAAAGUCUCCACAUGUUGUGCUUCUGGUCCUCUUCCAGUUGAGACAGAUGAAGGAUGUGUCAGGACGUAGAACUCCUGUGUGAACAUUGGAUAAAGCCAGGUUCAUGUUCUUGUUUCAUGUUGUUGACAUAUUAGAGUCAAAGGUUUGCACAGAGCGAAAUAUCUUUGUGUUGCGCCAUUAAUCAGAAAAUACUGCAUUAAAAAAGUCAUUUCCUGCAUUUGUCUACUGAUAAAGUGUGAUAUAGAUAAUGUACAGGCUUUCAGAUUAACAGAGACAUUAACGACAUGUUGGAGUUGAAAAUAUCAGAAAAAGUGAAAGAAUGGGAAAUAAAUGUCCCCUAAUCUCAAAAUAGGGUUAUAUAUUGUGUGUGUAUGUGUGUGUGUGUGUAUGUGUGUGUGUGUGUGUUUGUGGUCCUCUUACAGUUGAGACACUGUAGGUGAAGGAUGCUUCAGGGAAAGACCAAACACUGGAUGUCUUUCAGUCGCCAACCUGUGUUUUCGAGACACUGAUAUUAACGUGGAAAACCCUGCAGGACUCAUUUGGGAGUGAUUACCCAUCAGCCCCGGGGGUAACGCUGCCUUUCCUCUGCACGAUGUUUCUCUCUCAGAAACACAGAGGACUGUUAGUAUGAUGCGAUCACAGACACGCUGCAAAGUGGAGUCCAGUGUCCUUGGAGUGUCCUUGGAGUGUCUUUGGAGUGUCCUUGUUAUUUGCUAUAGUUUGGGAGGAUUGAAAGUCGGUAGGGAAAGCCAGCUGAAUCGGUGGGCGGUAGAAACAUGUCAAAAGCGGUAGGGUUGGCAGGUAUGAAGUUCUAACGCUAUCGUCUAUCCCUUGACCUCUGAGUGAAAGGUCACGGGGUUAAGGGAUAGUGGAUAGGAGACUUCAAAAGGACUUAGGAGAAGAGACUGCACUUUCACUAUC